AUGAAGACUGAAGACUACUACACCGACGAGGUGCUGAAACGAAGACGAAGACUACUACAUGGACGAGGUGCUGAAACGAAGACGAAGACUACUACAUGGACGAGAAAGAAGACUGAAGACUACUACACGUACGAGGUGCUGAAGACGAAGACUGAAGACUACUACACGGACAAGGGGAGGUGCUCAAGAAGAAAGAACACGGACGAGGAGAUAAAAAUGAAGAAAGAAGACUAG